UAUUGGAUCCAUCUUCUUCUCUGGCUUGAUCUCUCUCUGUGUUGUGCCUUUUUUUUCCCUUUUUUUUUCCCCUUUGUUUAACCCAUCCCUGCCCAACAAGUUGUUCAACCGCUCUCUCCCCCCUUUUCCCCCAUCGACCGCCGUCCCGCAGCGAUGUCCACCUCCACCCUCUCGAAGUUGAUCUUCUGAAUGUGAAAUCCACCAAUUGUCCAACUCUUGACGCUCGUUUGACUGCUUUCUGCUUUUUGCUUUCUGUUAUUUACUCCAUCUCUCGCCUGGCGCUGUUGACUGGCUCGCUCUCUUUCACUUCCCGCCCGAUUCGUCUUCGCUGCUUGAUGAUAUACCCAUUCUACCCUCAAUCUCCCCCCUACCGCUCACACCCAAGAUGAACCCCAAUCAUGAAUUCUCACGCGCCAUCUCAUGGCGCCACCCCUUCCGCCGCUGUGUUGUCGGCUGCCCUGACAAACCUGAUCCUUGCCCUAACUGUCCCGCCGGCCAGGAGUGUGUUAGUCGACCUGCCACCUGCGACUCAUGUAUGGUAAACGUCUGUGUGGAGGCUCUUGAUUCAGAUCCAUCCCCCGAACCCUCCGGACCAAACGUCGGCGCCAUAGCUGGUGGUGUCAUCGGUGGACUCUCCAUCCUCGUCGUGCUUUCGGCCAUUGUAUGGUACUACCUGAAGAAGCGAAAGGCAGACCAGUACGAUGACUGGAGCCCGGAAUUCGCUGAGAAGCAGGCCGCCUUUGCGGCCGAACGGCGAGGGCGAAUGUCGGCCGUUGGAUCCAUUGCGUCCACCGUCCUCACCAGAGCCUCGAACGUCAUCCAGAUCGCCUACAUCCCCGGAGUCACCAAUCGCUCUCCGCCCGAUUCCCCUUCCAUGGUCCCUCCCGUGCCCCCCAUCCCUGCUGUCCAGGGCAACUACGAUCAGCGCUACUUCAUGCCUGGUGAUAUUCGUGACUCUGUGUGGUCAAGUACCUCCGAGGAAACCCGCAGGAGUAUCGCUCCCAGCCUGGCACGCAGCAGCGUCGCCACCACCAUCUACCGCAACAAUGCGAUCGUCAGCCCGAUUCCCGCUCAACAGGCCCUGCGUGCCAAGGCUGCCAUGGUCAGCGUCAAGUCCGGCUCCAGCACACCCGUUCUCUCCUCAAAUCCUUCGCCCACCACUUCAACGCCCGCUGUACCCGCCAUCACCGUCACACAGAUCAACAAGGCCAACGCUGUUGCCGCCAAGCUGGAACAGUCAGAAAAGAUGCCUAUGGGUUCCUCGAUUGUGGCACGGACGGCGGUUGCUCGACCAAUCAACGUCACGAAACCAAAGGGCAAGAAACCCGCAGAAGAUGAAAGCAAAAACUCUCCAGCCACCCCAAUCGACGAAGAUGCCAGUUCACCCCAGGAAAAGGGACAGCCUGGUCUUGUCGAAUUACCGUCAAACGAGAAGGUUGUGCGCCAAGAACGAAGACCUAACGUCCGAGAGUCAGUGCAGUCGACAGCAUUCACAGUAAUCGACGACUCGCCCACUGAGAGACGUGGUCCCUUUACCGACUCUAGCGCUGUCGCCACACCUUCUGCGACAUCCUCCGCCAUCCCCGAAGGGAUCUCCAACCCCUCACGCCAAAGCAUCGAUUCUAAGAGCACGUCGACACACCGCCAUCGAAGCAGCCAAUCUUCCAACCGGAUCUUGGAUGGUCAAGCCCAAAGAUCAAGCGAUUCAUCCGAUCAAACUAAAAAAUCGAGUCCAUUCUCGGAUGAUAAUGAAAUCAAAUAGAGUUUUCGACAACGCGACCUCUUCUUCGUCGUUCGUUAUCUAACUUUUGCUUUUACCUUGUAUAUGUGAUUCUCCAUGACUGCUUGUCGUGGGACGAGACUUAUCUCGUAGAGAGAGCAUGACGAAACUCAGACAUGGAUCCGGAACUUUUUCAUAUGGCGUCGCUUGUGGCAUUGGUGUAUGGCUUAUAAUUCUUGUUGGAGGAUACAUCUCUUUUGUAUUAUUCGGACUUUUCUGUCCCCGUACCUUUUGGUUCAAUACACCCAGUACUUGGUGAUUCUCGCUAGUAUAUUUUUCCUUUCUCAUACCCAAGGCUGCUUCUAUGAGCCGAUGCAGACGGUACACCCUGCAUGUAUUUUCCGUUUUGCGCGCUGCUUCAAAUAAUUUAAAUGAAAACGCUUCUGUACCACUUCUUCCAACAGGAUGCUCUCACCUUUUCGCUUAGUUGCCUGAUGGCCUACGAAGCGGAGCCUACCUUCUCUCCUUGUCUUUGGCCGGUGUCAGGACACUCAUCGAUUUAUUGGGACAGAUAUUUGCAUGAGCCCUAUAGGCGUACAUUGCUUGGGUUGACAACCACAGACGUUCAGGACUAUCCUCCCGGUCAUGCAGACAAGUCCACAGUCAAUGCUGCUUCGAACUUCCCCACAGCUCAAUCCAAGAUCUUGGAAACCUUAAAUACGAGGGGACUUUCAGGCAUCCAUCCAGCAGACUCCCAGUCCAAGAGCGAAGCCAUGGAGCCACAUGACUUCGUGUUCCGCCCGUGUCGCAGGAUAAGAGGAACUAAACCGGAUCCGGUUAUAUGAGAACGCGGUUGACGUGUCAACGGGCCCAGUUCGCUCUGCUUGACCUUGAGAUAGGUCCCGUCUUGCAGCAGAGAGGCGGAGAGAUUUUCCCCCGAUUGGAGGAUGCUUGAGGAAUGAGGAGUAAAACUGAGUCAAUCUGCAGGCAUUUGAAGCUCCGUCGCUGAAUUUUCUGGGAGAAAUGGCUGGCAAAUCUCAGAUAUGGAGCUCGUUGUGGAGCGGAGGCCUCGUUUUUGGAUGCGAGAUCAAUUGAAACUCAACGGGGAUGGUAGGGCCUUGGUG